AUGUCGCAGUCACUAAGAUACAGCGGAGCACUCCUCGCCCGCGUGAGCCGUUCCAGUCUCCCGAUCGCUCGACGGUCGUUUGCUACGACUCCGGUCAGAAAAGCCGAUUUGAUCCAAGAUCUGUACCUCCGAGAGCUCAAGGCGUACAAGCCACCACCACAGAAGGGUCCCGAAGAAGGCGCGGUUGCAAAGUUCAGCCCACCAGCUGCACCCAAAUCACCCGAAGAGGCCGACCUGGCAAGCGAGAUGUCAGAGUACGAAAAUUCGACAGUCGAAAUUGAGGGCUCGUCAACAGGAGCUGGAGAGACGCAAGAAGCAAGCGCCGACGAUUACUUUGAGGACUUGAAGCAGAUCGACGAGGAGAACAAGGGCACGGCUCAUCACUAG